CUAAUCGUUCUACCAAGCAGCAUAAGAGGUUAUAGGUGCCAGAGAGGAAACCAGUGAAAUAGGUGAUCCAUUUGAGGUGAACUAGGCAACAGAGUCACGUAAUAAAAAGAUGGAUCAAGCAGCACUGUAGGUUGGCUGUGACAGCUGCUUCACCUCAAGUCAUCCUCUAGCUUCCAUUAAACAGACCUGAAUUGUAUUUGAUGGUAAACUUUGUGAACAUCACUAAUCUGCACUCAUGGAUUGGAAGACUCUCGAGUCGCUCCUCAGCGGGGUAAACAAAUACUCCACAGGAUUUGGACGCAUUUGGCUGUCCUUAGUGUUUGUGUUCCGCGUCAUGGUGUUUGUGGUGGCCGCCGAGCGAGUGUGGAGUGAUGACACGAAAGAGUUUGACUGUGACACCAAAAGACCUGGCUGCCCCAACGCCUGCUACAAUUACUUCUUCCCCAUCAUACAUACACGACUGUGGGCCUUACAGCUCAUCUUUGUAACCUGCCCUUCCUUCUUGGUGGUCAUGCAUGUGUGGUACCGUGAAGACCGUGAGCGUAAGUACCGCUUGACCUAUGGCGAAGGGGCGAAACUCUACGACAACCCUGGGCAGAAACAUGGAGGCCUGUGGUGGACAUAUCUCUUCAGUCUGUUCUUCAAGACAGCUAUAGAGAUAGGGUUCCUCUACCUGCUGCAUCUGAUCUACAACAACUUCGACAUGCCUCGCAGCGUGGUCUGCGACAUCGAGCCCUGCAGACAAGUGACAUGUUACAUAGCCCGGCCCACAGAGAAGAGGGUGUUCACAUACUUCAUGGUGGGGGCCUCAGCUAUCUGCAUAAUCCUGAACGUGUGUGAGAUCUUCUACCUGAUUGCUAUGCGGAUCUUGCAUCUCACUCACAAAGGCAGCCAUGUCACCGAGCGCAGGAGGUGUGGAGAAUGCGAAGGCUGUAACAUAGCAAUGACACCUAUAGACCAUAAGCCAUUUUAUACAGAAAAGUCAGAAAAGCAAUUGUAACAUGCUGGAUACAUAAAAACGAGACAGUUAUACAUACAUAUAUAGAUACAUACAGAUGCGGCAUCUCUGUACUAUAUUCAACUUGCUGUUUUAUGUAUUUUUGAUUACUGAAAUAUUUAAAGAUGAUGAUGUUAUCAAGGAAUAUAAAAUAUAAUGCAUGUAUUAUAAUGAAUCAAGUCUUAAUCUAAGGCUUAUGCUCAUUCCUUACAAGCAUAUUUUAAUUAAAACAUAAGAAGGGCUUCUCUGUGUUCAGACUACCAUCAAGCAUGGAAAAUACUUGAAUAAUUAUACUUCUACAUAUUAUUAUAUAAUUACUGUAGCAAAUACAUGGAAAAAAUUCCAGAGGAAACAUUUUACAUGCAAGCAAAUAUUCCUUUGUUGAACAAGCAGCAAGAGAGAACUGCUGCCCACUGAUAGUGAACAGUCAAGAUAGCAGCCAAGUUACUUCUAGCCAUAUGAUUUUACUCUAACAUUACAUAACACACUAACUCCCACUUUAACUAUCCUACAGCCCAGUACAAGACAGCACAAAUCGUAUAUGUGCACAUCUUAGACUGAACAACAGUAAAAUGAACAUUAAAUGUCUCUUCAUACCGGCAGUGCAGCGCACCCCAAGUGCCACUUUGCAUAGCCACGUCGAGCGCAGUGGGCCGCCACAGCGUUAUUAUUUUGAAAGGUGUACUUCACUCAAAUAUUACUGAAACAUAAAACUUGUACUUUUACUCAUUUAUGUUUCCAAGGGAAUAAACAUACAUCCUAAAUCAUUUGUCCUAUUUUUUCUUGUGACCUUCAGAAGACCUUGGCCUACUUGCACAUCUAAUAGGCCAGUAGAUUUUUCCUCCAUGCAUUUUAAAUGAUUAUUUUAUUAAAACAUCCAACUAAAUUAAUUAUUGUCAUUUAAUUGUUAAAACGUUCACUUUGUACUUUUAUAUACUUGCGUAUGUUUAAAGUUAGAUACUUUUACUUUCACUCAAGUAUAUUUUUGGCUCCAUACUUUCCUUUUUAACUGACUAAGACAGUCAUGAAACGCAGUGUGACUGAAGUGUGAUUCCUCUGUACUUCUGCCUCUGUGUGGAUUUGCAGUGAAGAAACUCCACCUUGUGGCGAGCAGUGUUUUUAUCCACUUGCUCAGCACACAACUGUUUACGUUUCCAGCUGUACUUCCACACUGCGUUUGACAAACAAAAUAUAA